AUGGAGCAGGGAAAUGGUGAUAUUCCAACAAGGAUUGCACACGGUCUUGAAUCGAUGUGUGAAGCUACACAGUUGGAGUGUUAUAGUGGGAUGAGCCAAGCAUCUCUGGAACGAGCUGACAAUAGUCAUGUAACCCAAUUUGAGGAUAGUGAACUUGGUGAUGCAAAACCACCUUGGCUUCCAUCUCCUCCAGGCGACAUGCCGCCAAAACAAGAGCGAAAACGGCGGAAACUACCUGAAAUACCCAAAGAUAAAAGAAAUCUGGGAGGAAGGAAAAAGUUAUCAGCAAUACCAACAUCUCUGGCUGAAGAAUUGCAAGCUGCACAAAAACAUGAGGCUGAAACAGUUGAUGGCCAUGAAGUAGCUAUUGGCCAGGAUAACUCCCUGCAAAAAAGACGUCUGAUUCAUCGUGUUUCUGAUAGUAUGUUUUUAGAGAUUGACAGAACUGAUGGUCUGGUCAAACCUUUGUUGAGUUGUCACACAAAAGAGAAGGUUUUAACAGAGAAUGAUUCCAGCCCUGAAUUUGAUGGACAUGGACGUUUUUCUAAUGAAAUUGACAGUGGAACUUCUACUGCACACACUCCAUCUGUUUCACCGGUUGUGAAUGGAUCUGUAUCUCGUUCAUCUUCAAGUACGCUAAGUUCCACUCCAUCAGGAGGUCAUCUACAGUUACAAGAUGCCACUCACCGUGGUUUGCAAAAGUUUAUUCCACGACACGAAGAUGAAAUUGAAGUUGAAAUAGGUGAUCCUGUGUACAUACAAAGAGAAGCAGAUGACUUAUGGUGUGAAGGAGUUAACUUAAGGACUGGAGCCUGUGGGAUUUUUCCCAGUGCCUACGUAAUUGACAUAGACUACUCUGAUUUUGAUCCAGAUGGUGUUAAGACAAGAAAAGAACGUUAUCUGGUGGACUUUCUGGGCUCCUGUGAAGUCUCAUAUCAUAAAGGAAAUAAAGUUCUUUGUAGUGCAGUGAAAAAGGUAAAUUUAAUGAUGUAG